AUGCACCGCGGCGCUGGGCAUGGAGAAUGGCGAAAUCCCCGAUGAGGACAUAUCGGCCAGCUCUAUGUACGAUCCGAGUCUUGGCCCCAAGCAUGCCAGGCUGAGACAGGACAAAGGCGGCGGCGCCUGGUGCCCGAAAAAUAUGCUCACGAAGGAGGGCAAGGAGUACCUCGAGGUGAAUCUGCACACGCCGCGUCUACUGACGUCGACCAGGACCCAGGGCAGGUUCGGAAACGGCCACGGGGUCGAGUACACCGAAGAGUACUUCGUCGAAUAUUGGCGACCGGGGUUCAACAAGUGGGUGCGAUGGAGAAAUCGACGUGGCAUGGAGCUUCUGGCAGGCAACAAUAAUCCAUAUUCGGAGAAGGAACAGAUCUUCGACCCAGCGAUCGUGGCAACGAAAAUUCGUUUCAUCCCUUACACAUCCCAUAUACGCACUGUAUGCCUAAGAGUGGAGCUUUAUGGCUGUCCAUGGACUGAGGGCUUGGUGUCGUAUUCCAUGCCCCAAGGAAUUAAGAGGGGUUCGGAGGUUGACCUUUCCGACAGGACGUACGACGGCAGGGAAGAAGCGGGUUACCUCUCCGGGGGACUCGGUCAACUUGUCGACGGGCAAAAGGGUCCUGACAACUUCAGAUUGGACGUCAGCGGUAACGGGAAAGGAUACGAAUGGGUCGGCUGGAGGAAUGACACUCCAAGCAUGCUGGGACGUCCCGUGGAAGUAACUUUCGAGUUCGACUAUUUGCGAAACUUCACUGCCAUACACCUACACAUGAACAAUUAUUUCACCAAGGACGUGCAGGUGUUUUCGUACGCGAAGGUUUACCUCGGCGCCGGUGGGAACCAGUUCAACGGCGAGCCAGUCCAUUUCUCGUACAUACCGGACCAAGUGUUGGAACAGGCACGCGACGUUACCAUAAAACUUCAUUCGCGCGCCGGCCGAUUCCUCAAGUUGCAGCUGUAUUUCGCGGCGCGAUGGAUCAUGCUCAGCGAAGUGAUCUUCGAAUCAGUAAUCUCCGAAUGGAACAACACCGACGAUGAGGAGCCGAGGAACAAGAGUGGCAUUGUAACGGCAACCGGGAGUCCGUAUCAGAAUAACGAGGGUCCACUGCAGAGGGACGAAGUGAAGGCCACUUUUAAUAAGGAGGAAAACAACGAUAAUGCCUUUCCAGAUAAAAGCAAGGAACCAGAGUCGAGGCAGUUCGUUGGCCUCGUUAUCGGAAUUCUGACUACCGUGAUCAUCAUGCUUCUGGCGGCGAUCAUGUUCAUUUUCUACAGAAACCGAAGACUGAAAGCUGCUCUCGCACCUUCAACGUUCUACGACCAACACGGUGACCUGAAGGUCUCCGUGCAGGAGGAGGGCGAGGACAAGGGACCAAUUUGCCCUCCGCUUCCGGCGCAGUACCAACCGGCCGGGUACACCACGACGACACCGCAGCUACACAAAACUAUCACGGAUUACAGCGGGAUCACGGAGGUGCAGCCGGUUAUUCCGCUGUUGCUGAACACGGCGAUCAAUCUUGCCAGGCCAAUUCCGCCGGUUCAAGAAUAUCCAUCUAAUCCGCCGCCCAUACCGCCGCCACCGGAAAAGUAUUACGCCAGCACGGAGAUCUGUAAGGAUUCGCUGCCACCGUUGCCGCCAUCCCCGACACCGAGCACGCCACCGCCGAUGAGCGGCAAAGCCUCCAGCAGCAUGACAAGCUACAGUCCCGAGGAUAUGCUCACGGAGGAGGAGGACGAGGUUCCCGAGUGCAUCCUGGACUUCCCUCGGGAGAAGCUGAACAUCGUCGAAAACCUCGGCUGCGGAUACUUUGGCGACGUGCACGUUUGCGAGGUCGACAGGUUUCCCGGGUACGACGAAGUUUUCCGGAACACCAACAGCGACCUAGUGAUCGUUAAGUCCCUGAGACCCGGAUCUUCGGAUGCGCUUAGGAUAGAAUUUCAACAAGAGGCAAAAAGACUAGCGCGACUGGCCGAUCGGAACGUCGCGCGGCUACUCGGGGCCAGCCUCGAAGACGACCCCAUGUGCAUCGUAUUGGAAAACGGCGAGUACGGCGAUUUGAAUCAAUACCUGCAGAGCCACAUCGCUGAAACGUCCACCAUGCAUACGGCUAAGACACUCAGUUUCGGCACGCUGGUUUACAUGGCCACGCAAAUAGCAUCCGGCAUGAAACAUCUUGAGGAAAUGGACUUCGUGCAUCGGGAUCUCGCCACAAGAAACUGCUUGGUGAGCCGCGGUUACACAGUGAAAGUGUCGGAUCUGGGUUCCGGAAGAAACGCCUACGCAGCGGAUUACUUCCGGGUCGAGGGUCGACCUCCGCUGCCAAUCCGGUGGAUGGCCUGGGAAUCCAUGCUCAUGGGAAGACAUACGACGAAGAGCGACGUCUGGUCUUUCGCAGUGACGCUUUGGGAAAUUCUAACAUUCGCGAGGGAACAGCCAUUCGAAGAACUGCCAGAUCACCGAAUUGUCGAGAACGCGACUUAUUUUUACCAGGAGGACGAUAGACGGAUUAUUCUACCGUUACCGAAGAACUGUCCCAAGGAUAUUUACGAACUGAUGCGCGAGUGUUGGCACCGGAACGACGUGGACAGGCCGAGCUUCCGCGAGAUUCACAUGUUCCUGCAGCGUAAGAACCUCGGCUACAAGCACGCGGACACGAACGACACUUGAUACAGAGAGCUAGAAGGCUGGAACCUCAUCCGGCUUUCUAUGAUCGGCGAGCUGAACGGUAACUGGUGGAACUGUCCAUCGACGACCAAACUACACCAAGACAGACCAAGUUAGUACCCCAGGCCACGCAGAGCGAGCCAUCCCGGUUCCGUAGAUCGUCUGGAGCGAAGGUAAAUCACGAUUCGACGUUUCGUUAAUCGUUUCCGAAAUCAGUUUCAAAACUGUAUGAUUGUUAUCAUUUUAAGAAGAGUAAUUCGUUGUGGACUUUUGUCAAAUACUGUGGGCUUUUAUCGUUACUUUGGAAGAUGUUCAAUUAAAUGCUGUGCAAUUUUCUAUUCUAAGAACUGUAAUCACGGAUGAUUAUGUAAAGCACAAAUAAAUGAGUAUGAAUCUUGGGGAAAGAUCUCCAGAUCCGAGAUUAGGAAAUUAACAAAUAAUUGCUAAGGUGGUCUAUUAAGACGUGUAUGAUUAAGAGAAACGGAAAGAUCACCUGAAGAUCUCCAAUCGCGAUAGCAUACGAUACCAAUACGUUCGUAGUGGGAGACAGUAGGAGGAAAGCACGUUCGAUAAAUCGCUACUACACACAUAUAUGGCGUACUGAAAUUGAUACUGUCAGCAAACAAGCUUAUGACACCACGCCACAACGGCACUCGCGUCACGUUCGGGAUACACGUGGCACUUGGGGGGAAAAUCGCGCGGAAGACAACAAAAACGAUUUUUCCACCUUCAGUGUCUGUGUAUAUGUAUGUAUGUCCUUCUUCGCGAGGAAACACGAUUUGUAACCCGUGGGCGAUCCGUGUAACCGUUCCGCGUGCACAAGUCGCCAGGACAGAAGAAAAUGGUCGGUUAAAGUUCAGAACGUCACGGUAGAACGGCGAUUGUUCGACCUGACGAAUCAGCAAUUGCUUUCCCGCGCAAUAAGAAACUUUACUCGUAGCGGAUCCGACGACAGUUAGCGUAGAAUUCAAUUUUUAGAACCCUGUCGAGACGACGUAGGGAACUGAAACACGUUUUCAAAUGAUCCAUCGACGUUCUAUCGUAUCGUGCACAGAAUGGAUUAAACGGAAACGUGGCAUGGAAAAAACAACGCGAUACCCCCUUUUGUAACGUUUUAACAAAGAUUUUGAGGCAAUUAAAUGGUAAAAGGAAUUCCUCGAGCCGCUGGCUUACAAUCCACAAGUUCCCUGACUACUGAUAAGCUUAAGAAUGCGCUUAGCCGAAGUGCAUAAAUGUUUGACAAUACCACUAGAGGUUGCAAGUAUAUAAAGAAAGAAAAUAAAAAAAAAGUUCGUAUAUAAAUAUAUAUAUAUAUAUAUGCGUAUAUAUAUAUAUAGAGUGUAAAGAGAUGUUAAAGGGUUUAACCGAUAUAGAGUAAAAAGAAAACUUUAUUACAAUCGUUUCUAAGCAGCUUGCAUUCCCUCGGCGGUCCCGCGCCAUCGAUUCGCGACGUUUCUGUCCCGGGGAAACCGAAAACCAGAUACCAUGAAAACGCAUCGUUAUUCUGUACUCUAUCUAGCUACGCGAAGAAACGAAGGGCGGCGGGAUCAGAGAGAAAGGGAAGCCACCUGAAGUUACGUUUAUAGGAAGGAAUAGACGCGGUCCAUUUAACCCGGUUGAUAUCGCGGCUCGCGUUUUACCGGACGGAUUUUUGUACGGUGAUCGACAGUCGAAGAUAGGAUUUCACCCGCUGCGGAUAAUCGGGCAUCGAUUUCGCGUUCCCGUGACUUCUCGUUCGUUCGCGUGCACUGCGAGACGAUCCGCGUUUCCAGAUAGAAUGGGCCGGUGUGAAAAUUCCGUUUUUAUCCAUUCCAGAAAAUCAAUUCUGGGGAUCGUAGCAUGAAUUUCCGGGGCUAUGUUUGCGCGUUUCUUCUUUUACGAGAGUCCUUUUACUCGCUGGAUUGGACCUUCGCAAUGUAUGAAAAUUGUGUAAAAGACGUGACUGACAUCGCAGCGGAUGUAUAAACGAGAACUAGAAACGAAUUAAAGGUAGCGAUGAGAGCAACUUUGGUGAAGUACUCGUGGUCUGUGAAAUAUAAAUCACCGUAGGAAAUGUAAGCGACAAAUGGGCACGCGACUGUGAACGUGGUUUGAUAAAGGGGCCAUCGAUUAUUCGUUACCGCUCGCCUGCGUCGAGGAAUAAUAACAUUCUGUUAUAUGAAACUUCAUUCAUAUUCAGGUGAACGUUACAAUAAAUAUCGGCGACGGUCUUUUUAUAAAACCACGGCUCACGUCUUGUUUGAUCAUGUUUCAUUUCGACGAUGAAAAAUAGAUUUACGAUACUGCCUACGACAUGUUGGUUUAGCGUAAUCUAAAUUAAGUACUAAAAAAGAAUACUGCCACUGUGUUGUUAGGGGGAAAGAGUUGUAGCUCGAAAUCCUACGAGCGUUCAGGGGCGCGAUCGAAAUUCGACGAUAACAAUAAAGGUGAAACAAUAAGGGAAGCCGGGGGGGGGGAGAGAAAGGAAAGUCGCUAUUCGCGAUCGCACGGAAUACAAAAGGAGGAAUGUACAUAUCCACUUUGAUGAGCUUAACGAAUUAUAUCGGUGAUGAAAUUUAAUUCGAUUUUAUGGGUCGUAUUCCGUGCGAUCGGCUGAAUGAUUAGGCGAAACGUGGUGCGCAUGAAAUCUCCUACAAAUUGAAAGAACUGAAAGUGAAACGAGGCUCCUACCCGCCCUUCUCGAUCGAUCAGCGAAACAGGAAGAAGGAAACAAGAGAAAGUUUAAUUAAAUUGGAUGAAUUUUAUAAAUUACUUCAUUUUUUAAUUACUGUACGCGAUCAUUAUCUCUCUCAUUUCAACUCGGACUUCUUUCAUCGUUAAUUCCCCAUUUAUUCGAAUUUGUUCGAAUUUAUUACACGCGUCCUGUUCGAUCAAUGGAGUGGAGGGAAAAUGGCCACCUCCUCGCGUGAUUAAUCAUCAAAAUUGAAUUAUUGAUUGCUCGCGAGACCGAAUGCCGUUAAUUAGGAAUUUCGAAUAUCGUUGCUUUCAAUGUGAUAACGUUUGCUCUAUCUAGGAAAUAUGCAUAUCGACUUAAACAAGGUAACGUAACCAUCAAAAUUUUAUUACAAACAUAUAUAAAACACAUAUCUUCGCGUAAAGAUUUAAAGUUUCUUGAAUACUUUCUAUUUGUAGGAGUUUAUGCCGUGUGAGAGAACGUCGUGAGAGUGUGCGAAUGUUUGAGAGCAACAAAACAGAGAAACACGUAUAAAUAUAUAUAUAUAAAUACAAUAUAAAAAAAAAUAUAUAUAUAUCGAAAAUCGUUGAAGAUUGAGCGACGAGGAGAAUUCAUUGAUCUAAUCGUUUUCAUUGUAGCUGUAAUACGACUCUCUUGAACACACUUUGUACAGUUUUUAAUAACAUGAAACGACUUAAUAAUUGUCUGAGAGGAAAAAUAGAACAAGAAUUGUUCUACUAAUCGUUCCCACAAGGUGGUUUAUUUUUUAGCAAGGAUGGGGCCACGGCUUUUACGUUUCAUCGACCAUUCGCGUGCUACCCUCGAUCGUAUACUUUAUAGUUUCAUUUCAAGCGAAACGUAAGACGCGAAAAAGAAUUAUUGUUUUAUUACCAGCCUCGUUUUAAUUAAAUAUAAAGUAAUACAAGUUGCAAUAUCUAAUGGAAGGUGGACGAACGUAUCUGUUCUAAUCAUCGAUUUCUCUAUUUUUAUUUUGUAACGAAUCAUGUGACAGGAAUUAAAAAGACAAGUUUGAAUUAUGUCAAGAACUGUAAAAUAUUUUUUGCAUGAUACAAUUAUAUUUUCUUUAUUGCUUUUAAGUAUGACAAGACUUCUGAUAUGACAAGUUCAUUUUUAAAAAUAAAAAUUCGUGGACUAUUUCGUUUCAUUAAAGACUAGCUUAAAAAUUCGUGACACGUGAAACGUUUGAAUCGUCGGUUUCGAUCAAAGUUCGACCGAUUUCGAUUCUUUCAACCGUUCGAAGCUGGGCCCUGUCCCUUAAUUUCAAACGAGUUUUGUUUUUCGCGCGUAUUUACGCACCAGAAGCAUUCCGGUUUUGGUCGUUGGCCCCGGUCCGGCGGUCGCAAACAAAAGUCGGAACACGGAAGUGCCCGCGUACACGGGAAUUCCGCGUUUGUCGAUGGAAUUUAAUAUCCGCUGCUAUAUUCGUUAUGAAACACGAUCGCGCUUCUUCUACCCCUUCCUCUAUCGGCCGCGCGAGCCUUCGCAUUUUUUGCAACCCCCGGCAGAGGCUACGUAGAAUCGAUACCUGUGGCCAACGAAUUUUGAUAAACAGCGAUAAAUCCACCCCCUCCUACGUAGCAUUACAUUUCUUUGGUCGAAUGACAGAGUGCGAUGUGAUUAUAAAUAUUUAUUAAUAGGAAGAACUUGAAACGUACAAUGUUAUAAUGUUGUCUCACCUGAUGAAAUUGUAAAAUUAUAUUUAUUUAGAAGAGAAACUAUAAUAAGUUUGGUCAGAUGAUUUUGAUGAAAAUUCAAUGGACGAUGACUCCGUUUAGUUGAACAAUGCGUCACGAAUUCGCGAACAUGAAAGAACGCAUCUGCCAAUCACCGCGUGCAAAUAUAAACAGCGAAAUGGGUUGUAAAUAAGCCGGCUGGCGCACGGUCGUCGGUGUAGGGCCAGUUAUCUAUCGUUUAUCUACGUAUGGAGCCGUAUUGACUAUUCUGCGUGGAUAACACUCGAAUCCCUUCCCCUGUAUAAAUGUCGUACACGAACACACGGACACACACAUACACACACCGGUCACUGUUACACUCUCGCAUAUACACGUGUAUUUAAUACGUUUGUACAUAGCGAUUCGUUUUCAAUAAAUACUCGGCGCUUUGACUUUUAUCA